CUCAUCCAUUGACAAAAGAACCGACGAUGUAUAGUUCAGUCAGUCACAAGGCACGUCCAAGAACUUUAGAAUCCAGAGCAAGUCAAGUUUCCUUGGCACAUAGUCCUGCAACUACCACCAAACCGCAACAUACCGACGCCUUUCAAAGUUCAACUCUUCGGCUAUGGGAACUUCCAAAUAGUUUGCAAACGAGUCCAAAUACAAAACCGUGGAACUUUUCCAAGAAGAAGAAUAUUCGUACCGACAACGAUAUUCUCUCGAAAGAAAUACCGUAUAGAGCCGCAACUAUUGAAUUUUUUGCCAAACCUUUAUCCUCUGUAGCUUGGAUUUCUCCUUUUGAAGAAACUAGAAACCAGUAUCUUGAUAAUAAUCACUCCUUAAUAGCGAUAGGUUCCUGUUUGGGUGACGGUGGUGAUUGGAUACGGUUAAUUCAGUUACAGGUAUCCGAAAUGAGUCUCACAUCGAAGGAGUCGACUAUCGAUCUUAGUUUAAAUACUGUCACCACUAGUCCCAUUGGCGAUGUGAUCAAUGUACUUUGUCCUAGUAGUCUCUCAUCCAAUUCCUCCAACAGUGUUUUGUUAUUUUAUGGUACUCUGCGAGGGCAAGUGUGUGGGGUGAAACUAUCCUUGGAACCAAAUGACGAUGAUAAUCCUAUGUUUUCUGAUAAGCCAGCCUCGAGAUGUCUCCAUUACGAAGCUGUUAUUGGAUUAACUGAGUUACCCUUUAAGAAUCAGUUGGUAGCAGCAACCAACUUGGGAAAUUUGCAAAUGUAUCAGAUUGAUAAUGAUAUAAACUCUUUGUCAUAUGUCGAGUUACCUGAUAGUCCUACGUCUAGAAUGUUAGAACCUGUAAGUUUUACGGAUAUUUGUACUGUUACAGAGACAAUGGUUGCUGCAUCCGGAAGAACGGGAUCCGUUUGUUGCUUUGAUACUCGUACUUUUACCAAAGAGUCACAACGUUUAUCUAUUGCUGCGAGUGGUAUUUGUUGUACUUGUGUCAGUGUGGAUAGUGGGCAGCCUAAUUAUAUUUUUGCUGGUACUUCUCAAGGAGAAUUGGUUGCAUGGGAUCGUCGCAUCGUUCGAGAAGGAGUUCAUGCUCCUUUAUAUCGUAUCGCUGCUCAUCAUGGAAGAGUCUCCCGAAUAGGUGUUUCUCCUGUUUGGAAUCCUGGUGUUGUUUUUACGAGUGGUAAAAAGGAUGCUCAAGUGUUAUGUUGGGAUUUUGCUUCUGCUGCAAAAAUGGAUCUUUCAUUUGGAAAAAAGUUCAAGGAUGCUAAUAGUUGUUGGGAAGCAAAUAUUCAAAAGGAACAAGUGCAAAAUAUUGCUAGAGAUUCCGUAUUUUCACUCAAUGAUAUGGAUUUGCAUCCAACGACCCCUUUAGUGGCCUACGUAUCUUCUAGUAGUUCGUUGAACGUGAUUUGUCUAUGAGAGUUUGUUGCUUCAUAGUCCACGUGGUGGUCGGUGAGAUAAAAAAUGGCCGUUGUCC